CUGGUCGCUGCUACAACAGACCAACCACUAACGCCAAUAGGCGUUGAAAUCACUAAAAAAAAAAAAUAAAGUGGAAAAUUGUAAACAACUCAAAACGGAUCUUCUAAAAAUGGUGAAAAACGAGCCCAAUUUCGUGGUGGAGCGCAUCGUGGACAAGCGAAUCACCAGCGAUGGCAAGGUGGAGUAUUUCAUUAAAUGGCGCGGCUAUCCCUCGACAGACAACACAUGGGAGCCGGAGGAGAACUGCGAUUGUCCGGCGCUCAUUCAACGCUUCGAGGAGUCGCGCGCCAAGUCUAAGAAACGCGGCGAAAAGAAGCCAAAAUGCGAAGAGAUCCUAAAGGCGCGCGGCUACGAGCGCGGCCUCGACCUGGCCGAGAUUAUGGGCGCCACAGAUGUGAGCGGGGAAAUCAAGUAUUUGGUCCGGUGGCAGUACUGCGACGAAUUCGAUUUGGUGUCAGGCAGCCAAGUGUCGGAGAAGGAUCCCCAGAUGCUCAUCGAGUACUACCAAAAGUUGGCGCCCUACGCCAACAACAUUGCCAAGCGCAUGAAGGGCGUGCCAGAGGAGCUGCGAGCGGUGGCUGCCCGUACGGGCUACGCAGUCGCCAGCAGUGCGACGUGCAUUGAGGCUCCACCAGAGCCAGCAGCAGUAGCCGUAGCAGCCGUCCCCAGUGGUCUUGGCAUGGACAGCCAACACAUUGCGACCCAUGUGCCCAUGGAAAUCGCCGACGAUGCGGACCUAGGCCACGUUGGAGUUUCGUACUCCAUUCCAGUGCCUGGCGUUGGCGAUAUUGCCAUUGAUGUACCCAUGGCAGAGGCCCAAUAAGCAGUCAACAAUUCAGACAGUUUCUCAUUUACUUAACAUAAUCCCUUAGCUAAGUCGCAUUCAUGGCUGCUCAUCUAGAUUAAUGCUGCCCAACUGGCCGGUGCGAAAGAAUUGUAUAAAUUUGCGUGCGGCAGCCAAUAAAUUUGUCAUCACCUCCA